ACACGUCUAUCUACAGAUGUGUAUUGUGCAACCGUUGUGUUUUUUGAACGCAGCCAUAGAGAACACUGAUAGGCCCUUUGUGUCACCGUUUCAUCGCGCAUGCGCGUUCGUAUAGGGAUCACUAGAGGGAAACUCAUUCGCUAUCACGUACUCGGCUCACUCGCGUACUCUAUAUAAUAAUAUUUCUAAUCUCUAUUGUUCAAUUCAGUUCGCAAUCAUGCAAUAUUACGCCAUAUUGAUAUUUUAUUAUUAAAACGUGCACGUGUGUUUCAUGCAAUUGGUCAUAAAAAUCAGUUGCGCAACUCAUGUAUUGGUUGAUGGGUUGGAAGAUUAGAAGUCCUGAUCAUAUUUAUUUCUAAUCUCUAUGGUUCAAUUCAGUCCGCAAUCAUGCAAUAUUACGCAUAUUGAUAUUUUAUUAUUAAAACGUGCACGUCUGUUUCAUGCAAUUGGUCAUAAAAAUCAGUUGCGCAACUCAUGUAUUGGUUGAUGAGUUGGAAGAUUAGAAGUCCUGAUCAUAUUUCUUAACUUUAAUUCCCUCACGUAUUUGUGUGUAUAUUUCUAAAAAAAUGCCGCCAAAGAGUAUUCUUUGGAAACAUUUUAUAAAAACUACCGAUGGUGCGAAGUGCAAUGUAUGCCAACAGUUUAUAAAAACCUGUGGGAACACUACCAAUUUGCGAUAUCAUUUGCAAAGGAAGCAUCCAGACCUUUAUAUCAAGAUAAUCAACGAGGAGUCACGAAAACGAAAAGAAAUGUCAAGUGAUAGUGAAGUGAUAUGUGAAGAAGAACAAGAUGAUGUAGAAGAACGAGAUGAAUCCAUGCUAUCUCCAACACCGUCGACAUCGACAAGUUCAACAUCAUCUUGUGUAAAUUCUUCAAAAUCAAAAAAACAACCGAAACUGAAAGACAUUUUUGUGAAACAAAAAUCAUUUCAAGAUGGAGGAUCUAAAGCAUCAGAUAUCACAGCAUAAAGAUAUCACAAACAAGUUAAUAUUUAUGAUAGCCAAGGACAAUAUGCCUUUGUCAACAGUGGAGAAACAAGGGUUCCAAACUUUUAUGAA